CUUUGUUCCUGUCUAGCGCUACUUUUGUACAUUUCGUUACUGCCACCUUCAUGUAUUGGUUGUCCAGAUUAGUUUAAAGUGCAUUUUAAUGCUCUAGGAAGUAAUUGCAACAAAACUUUACAUCUUUACUAUGUCUAAUGGGUAAUACCAUUGCUCCGAGGAUCGAGAACGCUGAGAAGACUGGUGUUUUACAAGUCAGUGGCUUAAAAUUAAAAAAGGUUCCUGAACAAGUAAAACACCUUCGUAAUCUUCGUAGUUUAGAUCUCUCAAAUAAUAAAAUUGAAAAUAUCGACCCAUGGAUAUCUGUAUUAAAAAAUCUUAAGGUUCUAAACGUUGAAAACAACAAAUUAAAAUGUUUUCCUGCAGAACUAUAUCUACUAACAAAAUUGGAAUCAUUAAAUGGAAACAGUAAUUUCUUAAUUAAUUUUAUCACACCUGGAGCAAUUGUCAAUUUAAAUGAAUUAUCUUGUCUACGUACUGUAAAUUUAAGUCAUAAUUAUUUAACUGAAUUUCCUGUGGAACUGUGUUUAAAGUCAAUACCUAUCAAUGUGAUUGAUUUGUCAAAUAAUCAAAUUAGUAUUAUACCGAAUGCUAUCGCUUCAUUACAGGCCAUUGAAAUUAACUUGAAUUCGAAUAAAAUAUCAAUUAUAUCCAAUGGCAUAGCCCAAUGUGAACGAUUGAAAGUUUUACGCUUAGAACAUAAUUGUUUACGAUUAGAAAAUUUCCCAACCGAAUUACUAACAAAUUCACAAGUCUCCUUAAUAUGUGUCGAUGGAAAUUCAUUCAAUAUGAAAGAUUUUUACAAUUUACCCGGUUAUUCAAAAAGAUGGACAGUGACUAACAGUGUAUUCGAGGGAGCGCGUUUCUUCCUAUUUUGGGUUCACCAACUGGAUCUACCUGUAUCCCAGAUUCGAUGUCCACUCCGGGACUUGAACCCAGUGCCAUUCGCUUCAGAUGCUGUCACAUUAUCCACUUAGCUACUGAAUCCAGACAGCCACUGGUAUGUGCAAUGGGUUAGGUUUUAAUUCAUAUAUCUUGGUUGUUUGAUCCUCCAUCAUCUUUUAAGACUGUAGUUUAUCGGAUUUCGGAACGAACAUCAAAUUUAAGAUACUAGUUCACCCGAUUGAUUAUCCCACUUUUAGCCACUAUCCAUCUCUGCUUAUUGCAUUAUUUUUUGUCUUUCGUUGUAUCACACUAUUAUAACUAACUAACGAACUGAUUUAUUUAGUCAGUUUGUGUUAUCUCACUUUUGUAGUAUAUGGAACGUUUUACAGCAAUGAAGAAAAAAGCUGCUUAAAAAACAUACAAAAACGAAGACAAUUCUUUCUGGUGAAAAUCAAACACAACUAUUAUCGUUAUCACACUCUUUCUGAGCGACUAUUUCUGCUAACUUUUCGCAUAUUUAUAUAUGCAUGUGCGUGUAGUUGGCGAUUAUUAUUUCAUGAUCGAUAAUUAUUUGAAAAAUAGCCAAUUCAUCACCCAAAUAUUCACACACCCGUCCACUUGCCUACUUUUGGUUUUCUCUUCUUUUUGUAACUUACUUUUUUUUCAGAGAGUAAGUAUUUACACACAGGUUGUUUAUAUAAUGUAAAACCGUACAAUACUGAGUAAUAUAAUUUAUUUAUU